GUUUUUUAAUAAACUCAGGUAUCACUAGAGUCUAACCAUUUUGUUGGCACUCUAGCUAUUCUAUUUCAAAGGAAAAAAAUAUUAAUUUACUUAAAAAAUGGCACCAAAAAAGAAAGGGAAGCAAAAUAAGCUGGCGAAAAUGAGCGAUGAAGAGCGGCUGCGAUAUUUGCAGCAUAAGGCAACCCAAGAAGAGGAGGCGAGGAGAAGAAAACAGCAAUUAGUGGCCAACUUUGUUAAGAUUAAAUUGAAUCGAGAGGACGCGUUUACAAGAAUAAAUCAGGCAAAGCUCCACGAGCACUGGAGACACGUUUUGCGAAAGGCAAAGUGCAAAGAGAUCAAACAAGAAUUAGAGCGCUCAAAACAAAUUUUUGGGUACAUGUUGGAGAGGAAGGAGAGAAAAAUCAACUCGCUGAUGAAAGAAUUAGAGGAAACAGAAAAGCAGCACCUCAUUGUAAUUCAGGCGCACAUCGAGGAUGUCGAUAAAAAGAUUUUAUUUGGAGCAAAAAGAGUGGCUGACAAAUUCAAGCACUAUGAAGAGCAGAGAGAAAUUUUGCUCCAAAUUUCAAAAACAGAUGCAGAAGAGGAAAAGAGGCGAAGCGAUAAAGCUCUAGAAUUUUUAAACGCGGUUCUCUUCGCGACAGAGCAGAACGCGGAGAAAAUCAAACAGGGAAUCGUCAAUAAGGCCAGCAAUAGAAGAACGGACACAAUUCACUCUUACAUGGAGGAGAUUCAAUCGUUGCAACUACACUUGCAAAACCACCACGAUACAAUGAAAGAGCAGCUACAAAGCGUUUUUGCAGUCUACAAUGCUGCCACUCUAGACCAAAGACGAAUGUACGAGGAAAUGAAAGAAAGGGAUGCCGAGAACCUCAGGGUCAUUGGCGCUCAGUCAAGUGUCAUCAGCAGUCUUCAAUCGGAAAUUGAAAAACUGCAAAAGGCACUGGCGAACACCGAGUUAACACCGCGAACACAGAAACUGCAAAACCAGGAAAAGGAUUUUGCGGUGGAGUGUUGGAGGCACCGGAAAAGACAACAGAACGCGACGAAAAUAGACGAGAUGGCAAUGAGAAGCGUUACUGUGACGGGCCAAAAAGUUGUAGAGCAUUUAGAAAAAAUUGCGCAAAAAGGUGAAAAUAUAAUAAAAUUGGCAAGUAUGUGCUACAAGUUUGAAACUGACGAAGAAAAGACAAUUGUGGGCCUGAAACCAAACGUGCUCUCCAACGGGCAAGAGAUGGAAACACUUGAGCAUGAAACUGAAAGAAAUUUGCUCAGUGAUAUGAACCCUGCAAUGGAACAUUUUUGGCGGCGACACUGCCAGGCGCUGUUGAGCAGGGUGGCUUUGAGAAUGCACCAAGACGCCCUGCUUGCAGAGAAUAAUAAAAUGAGAAAUUCACUGAAACAUUACUUGACAGGAGCUUCACUUGCUUCGUCAAGUAAUCUUUCCUCCAGUCAGCUCAUGCUGUCUAAGCAAAUAAGGGGACGCAGAAUAUCAGUGCUGCCUCAAUAG